AUGGCCGAAUCUCCCGUCGAUGUCCUCCUGAAGGGCAACUCCGGUAGAAACACUCGCGGCCUGCUACGGAUUAUCAUCCUAGCUACUAUUGCGGCCGCUGCCGUGUCUAGUCGACUGUUCAGUGUGAUCCGAUUCGAAAGUAUCAUUCACGAAUUCGAUCCCUGGUUUAAUUUCCGGGCCACAAAAUACCUGGUUCAGAAUGGGUUUUACAGCUUCUGGGAUUGGUUCGAUGACCGAACAUGGCAUCCCUUGGGACGUGUUACCGGUGGGACAUUGUAUCCAGGCCUCAUGGUUACCAGUGGUGUGAUUUACCACAUCCUGCGAUUUCUGACUAUCCCCGUCGAUAUUCGCAAUAUCUGUGUCCUUCUUGCUCCGGGCUUCUCCGGUCUGACUGCGUUUGCAAUGUAUCUGCUGACCUGCGAAAUGUCUACGUCGCCAUCGGCUGGUCUCCUUGCGGCUGGCUUCAUGGGCAUUGUACCGGGGUACAUCUCCCGAUCGGUUGCGGGAAGCUAUGAUAACGAAGCCAUUGCCAUUUUCCUUCUGGUGUUUACCUUCUUCCUAUGGAUUAAGGCUGUUAAGAACGGCUCCAUCAUGUGGGGCGCUCUGACUGCGCUCUUCUACGGUUACAUGGUGUCGGCCUGGGGUGGGUAUGUUUUCAUCACCAAUCUGAUCCCGUUGCAUGUCUUUGUGCUCCUCUGCAUGGGAAGAUAUAGCUCCCGGAUCUAUAUCAGCUACACCACAUGGUACGCCCUGGGUACUCUCGCCAGCAUGCAAAUUCCAUUCGUUGGAUUUCUGCCAAUUCGGAACAGUGACCACAUGUCCGCUUUGGGCGUAUUUGGAUUGCUCCAGUUUGUAGCGUUUGCCGAAUUCGUUCGCGGUUUCAUUCCGGGCAAGCAAUUCCAGCGGCUUCUUACCGCCACGAUCAUUAUCGUCUUCAGUCUUGGUCUCGGUGGACUCAGCGCACUGUCUGUGUCUGGAGUGAUUGCCCCUUGGAGUGGUCGGUUCUACUCUCUGUGGGAUACCAGCUAUGCUAAAAUCCAUAUUCCCAUUAUUGCCUCGGUUUCGGAGCAUCAGCCGACUGCUUGGCCCGCAUUCUUCUUCGAUCUGAACUUCUUGAUCUGGCUCUUCCCCGCCGGUGUCUACCUGUGUUUCCGCGACCUCAAGGACGAACAUGUCUUCGUCAUUAUUUACUCGGUGCUUGCCAGUUACUUUGCGGGCGUCAUGGUGCGACUUAUGUUGACUCUGACUCCCAUAGUGUGCGUUGCCGCGGCUCUAGUGCUCUCCUCGAUCCUUGAUACCUACGUGUUUGCGUCGCCCGGACCGAACCCUAGACAAAAGGCGAAUGAGGAGGCUGCUGCUUCAAAUGGCCUGCGCUCCGCAAGGACACCAACCGUUGGCAUUAGCUCGUACCUGUCCAAGGCCGUUGUCACGUCAUCUGUGGUCGUGUACCUGCUUCUUUUUGUUGCCCACUGCACCUGGGUCACAUCCAAUGCCUAUUCCUCGCCGUCUGUUGUCCUGGCUAGCCGGAUGCCAGAUGGAAGCCAGUUCAUUAUCGACGAUUACCGUGAGGCAUACUACUGGCUUCGACAGAAUACUCCUCAGGACGCCAAAAUCAUGUCCUGGUGGGAUUAUGGUUACCAGAUCGGUGGCAUGGCGGAUCGCCCGACUCUGGUUGACAACAACACAUGGAACAACACGCACAUUGCCACGGUUGGCAAGGCUAUGAGCUCCCGCGAGGAAGUCAGCUAUCCUAUUCUCCGCCAACACGACGUAGAUUACGUGCUGGUGGUCUUUGGUGGGCUGCUGGGCUACUCCGGCGAUGACAUCAACAAGUUCCUCUGGAUGGUCCGAAUUGCGGAGGGUAUCUGGCCCGACGAGGUCAAGGAACGGGAUUUUUUCACUGCCCGGGGCGAAUAUCGGGUGGACGACGAGGCCACCCCAACCAUGCGCAACAGCUUGAUGUACAAAAUGUCAUACUACAACUACAACUCGAUGUUCCAGCCUGGCCAGGCCGUUGACCGUGUCCGUGGCUCCCGGCUCCCCGCCGAAGGACCCCAGCUCUCGACGCUGGAGGAAGCGUUCACCAGCGAAAACUGGAUCAUCCGUAUCUACAAGGUCAAGGAUCUGGAUAAUCUAGGCCGGGAUCACGGUAGCGCCAUGGCCUUUGAUCGGGGCCAGAAGCGGAAAAGGGCGACCAAGAAGCGAGGACGGCGUGUCUUGCGAACUGAAUGA